UUUACUACAGUACUCUGCUCUGGUCAGAUGCUUUGACGUUCUGAUCCGGGACCCUGGAGGAACCUGGACUGGAACCUGAAUGAAGGUUGUGACUCCUCCUCCUGUUGGUUCCUCCUCAGAUGAUAAGAACUUUCCCAGCGUUCCUCCUCUGCAGCUCAGCAUUCCCGCGGAUUAUCCAGACCAGAGCCCGCUCUGGAGCGACGACGGCGAGCAGUACGGUGCCAACAGCUUCCUGCAGAGCGUGCACCGCAACAUGACGUCCAAACUGCUGCAGCUGCCCGACAAACACUCUGUGACGGAGCUGCUCAACACCUGGGCCCAGAGCGUCCGGCAGGCGUGCCUGUCUGCCGCCUGAAGCCCCGCCCACCUGGGGUGGUCCGCUCAUGCCACUGCCUCAAUGCAUUCUGGGUGACUGAGACUCAACAGACUUCUUUCUUUUUGGUGGGGCGCUCCUGUUUGUGUUUAUGAAAAGUCUUCUUCACAUCACCUUCAUCGCUUCCUAAAGAUUCCCACUGGGGGGGUUGGAGGCCGACGGGCCCCCUGGUGGGCUAGCCCCCCCUCCCCAUGAGGCUGGAUCAGACAGACACAGGCUGGGAUCAAAGUUUAUUGAUGUACAGAGUGUUCCUGAAGGCAUCAGAAGCUGAGGGAGAAGGCUCUGUAGGACGGGUUUGUGAAGACGUCGAUGCAGCUGCUACUCCCCCCCACUGUCAGCACCUGCAACACACACACCUGCGUCAGAGCCCCGCCCCCAGGUGGGCACUGCUGCCUUCAGGGCCCCGCCCCCAGGUGGGCACUGCUGCCUUCAGGGCCUCACCCUGUGCUCCGUGCUGCCCGUGUUGAUCUGCAGCGUGUUCAGGCUCUGCGGCGUGCACGGGAUCUGCGCUUUCACUGCCCCCCCCAGCAGACAGUGAGACACAAACUGCCCCUCCCCCACCGCCAGGAUCUGCACACACCAGAGCGUUAGUGUCGGCGCGAGGGGCGUGUCACCUGCAGCGAGGCGGAGGCUCACCGUGUCCUGGUGGAAGGCGGCGUGGCGCUGGCAGCCGCUCAGCGGGAAGACGGAGGUGGGUGACAGCGAGCGGAGGUGCCAAAGGGACAGAGCUGGGCCCCCCCCGCACACCUGCAGGAGGACAGACAGCUCAGCUGCGCAGAUGCAGACGCAUGCACACAAGCUCACUCAGACUUUGAAUGACUCAGCAGUUUCUGCCUCUGAACAGAUUCUGCAGAUUUUUUCUCCAAGGUUUCUGUGAAGUCUGUGGUUCUGAAACCCGGUUCUGUGAUGGUUCUGAAGCCGGUGUGACUCAACAUCAUCUGUUGUUUUCUCUGGAUCUGCUUUGUAAAAUGUUUCACCAGG